AUGGCGGAAGUGGCAGCCACGGUUCGACGGCUCCUGGCAGUGGGCGGUUUCGUGGUGCUUGAAAAUGCCGUGACAGCCACCGGAGUGGGGGCCGUGUUGCCAGCACCACUGGUAGGAAUGUUUGGACUUUUCGGAUUUCUGCUUUGCCUCGACAGCUGCGGAUACGGAUCGGUCGCCAAUUUCCUUUUCCGACUCUCAGAGCCGGGCUAUCGAUUUCUCUUCAAGUGGGCUCCGGUGUUCUUCACACCUUCUUUGAUCAAGCUGCCGCUGGUGGAGGAGCCCAUUACUGGUGCAGAGUUUGUGCGCCUGAUCCUGCUUCUCUUUGCCGGCGGUCUCCUGCAGAUGGCCUGGGUGGCGACGGUUGCGAAAUUCCUGGGAUCUGUUCUGCCCGCCAACAAGGUGAAGGCCGAAGUCGACAAUGCAGCCCCGGCCCUACCUGGGCUGACGCCGAAAAACGCGGAGCCGUACCCACGACCUGGCAGGCCUUACAAGCGCAGAUGGCUUCCUGUGUAUGCGGUCAUUAUGCUGGCGGCACUGCUUUGCCUGAAGCUUGGUCGGCAGUCUCGCGUGGUGGAGUCCGCCUUCAUCAUGAGCGCCACUCUGCUGGCCUUCGUCCUAGGCAACUUGGCCGGGCCGACCUUCAAGGCGCUUUUGCCACCGGUCUUUGUCGGCGUGUUUGGUGGCUGGAUCGCCAUCGCGCUCUGGGCCCGGGAGGAACCGAGUUUGCCGGAGAAGGGUAGAGGAAAAGAGCAUGCAAUUUGA